AUGGUAAUUAUUUCUGGAACUGUUCCGUAUCAAUGGUGCAAGUCUGAAAUUGUCCUGCUGUAUAAAAAAGGAGAUACAAGAGAUAUCAGUAACUAUAGGCCGAUCAGUUUGUUAUCCAGCAUCUACAAACUUUUCUCAUCACUGUUGUUAAGCAGAAUAUCAGACAAAAUUGACCUCAUGCAGCCAGUAGAACAAGCAGGCUUUCGCUCCAGUUUUUCAACAAUAGACCAUAUUCAUACAAUCGAACAACUUCUAGAAAAAUUUAAAGAAUUUAAUUAUCCUCUAUAUAUAGGGUUUGUGGACUAUCUUAAGGCAUUUGAUAGCAUCACUCACUGCUCCAUUUGGGAACCAUUAACAUCUUGCAAUAUGAACUACUGCUAUACAAAAGUGAUCCAAAACUACAAGUUACUCAAACAGUACAAGUUCAAUACGAUUUGA